UAAAAUGCAUCGAUUGAAUCCAAUCACCUAGACACGAUACCAUCAGGCCCAGUACCUAGAACUUCUGGUCACCAUUAGGACUGCACGUAGGACUUUCAGGAGCCAUUAGGAGUUAGGACCAUGAGGCUGGAGAAGUUCCACCUGCGCUACCACCCCCCAGGGCUUGUGCUGGAGUAUAUUCAGAAGGGAGUCUCCAAGACCAAGGAGAUAGACCUUCUGGAGCUGGACUCCAGCACGGACAUCCCGGCGCUGGCGACGGAGCUGGUCGCCCGGGAGCCGCUGCUGACGGCCGAGGUGGACCCCCAACUGCGCCAGUGCUUGCUCAUGCUGCAGAAGAGGACUGAACAUGAAGGUCCAAGCGGCAAAAGGUUCUACAUCUACAAAACACUCCAAACUCACGUCCUUCCGCUUACCAACGUCGCAUUUGACAAGACUGGAAGCAGGUGUCUCUCGGGCAGCUACGACCGCACGUGCAAGGUGUGGGACGUGGAGCGCGGUCGUGACGUCACCACCCUCACCGGGCAUCAGAACGUCGUGUAUUCUGUCGGCUUCAACUUCCCAGUGUGCAACCGCGUAGUGACCGGCUCGUUCGACAAGUCGGCACGAGUCUGGGACCCCCUCACCGGCGAGUGUCUCAGCGCGCUUUGGGGGCACCGGGCCGAGGUGGUGGCGGCGCAGUUCAGCCCUCGAGGAGAUCACGUGGCCACGGCUUCCAUGGAUAGCACGGCUAAGCUGUAUGAUGCUGAUACUGGCGCAGAGAUCCACACAUACGUCGGCCACACGGCAGAAGUGAUAGCCCUUCAGUUUGAUCCCAACGAAGGUUCCAGAAUCAUCACCGGCUCCUUCGAUGGUACGGUAUCCAUGUGGGACACCAGAGUCAAAGAUCGCGUGUGCGUGCUAAUGGGCCACGAGGGUGAGAUCUCGAACGUGCAGCUGAGCUGGGACAGCCGCCUCGUGGGCUCCUCCUCGCUGGACCGCAGCGCCAAGCUGUGGGACGCGAGGGAACGAGCCUGUUUGGCUACUGUGUCUGGGCAUACUGAUGAGGUGCUGGACAUCAGCUUCGACUGGGCGGGCGCGCGGCUGGCGACGGCGUCCAGCGACCGCUCGGCGCGCGUCUACGACGUCAAGACCGACUUCAAGGAGCUGGCUGUGAUGACGGGGCACAGGGAUGAGGUUUCCAAGGUGUGCUUCAGCCCGGCGGGGGGCAGCCUGCUGACGGCCUCCGCCGACCGGAGCGCCCGCAUCUGGAACACGGCCACGUGGAACUGUAUUCAGGUGCUGUCUGGCCACGAGGGGGAGAUAUUCUCGUGCGCGUUCUCGUACGCCGGCGACGCCAUCAUCACCGCCUCCAAGGACAACUCGUGCCGCGUGUGGAGGUGACUCGACUGGUGGACCUCCACACACAAUACCUCCACGGAGAGUGAACAAUGAGUUCUUGUAAAUGUAACUAUGUGUUGUGUAAGUUGGGUUUGAUGCGACAAGUGGUGGUAGAAACUCUUCACCAAGACUGU